AAUUAACUCGCGUCACCUGACUGCCAGGGUGAGUGUUUAAGUGCAUUCCCAUGCACGAUCGGUAGAGAGCAGCAAGUGUUCUCCUCUGUCUGCCUGCUUCAUGUGGUACCGGUGUGCCCCAGUACUGACAAGGACUGGCCGGUUGGCACUUGUUGAAACAGUUGGUCGCUUGAUAACAUGUCUCUGUACCGAAAUACCAUCUGGUUUCUGAAUGGAAUUCACCAGUAUACAAGGACGGGAUAUGAGGCAGCAUCUAAAGACUUUGAUCCCAAGGACCUGGAUUUGUCCAUUGUGGGAAGAUCAUUUAUGAUCACUGGAGCCAACAGUGGAAUUGGCAAAGCAGCAGCCACGGCUAUAGCCAAGAAAGGUGGGACAGUCCACAUGGUGUGUAGGAACAAAGAUAAAGCAGAAGAUGCCAGGGCAGUCAUUGUCAAUGAGUCUGGGAAUACGGAGGUUUACAUCCAUAUUGUGGACAUAUCAGAGACACGCAAAGUCUGGGAGUUUGCAGAGGCCUUCAAGAAGCAGUAUCCAUCCUUAAAUGUCUUAAUAAAUAAUGCAGGGUGUAUGGUGCAUAAGAGAGAAGUGAACACUGAGGGACUUGAGAGGAACUUUGCCACCAACACUAUGGGGGUGUAUGUACUUACCCAGACUCUCACACCACUUCUCCAGAAGAGCCAGGAUCCAAGAGUGAUCAUUGUGUCCUCAGGAGGCAUGCUGGUCCAGAAGCUCAGAGCUGAUGACUUGCAGUCAGAAAAGGGUUACUUUGAUGGUGUCAUGGUUUACGCCCAGACCAAGAGACAGCAGGUGGUGCUGACACAACAGUGGGCCAAAGCCAACCCUGCUGUUCACUUUUCUGUGAUGCACCCAGGAUGGGUAGAUACACCAGCUGUUUCCAGAUCAAUGCCUCAGUUCCAUCAGAUGAUGGGGGAGAGACUGCGCAGUAUAGAGCAAGGAGCUGACACAGUCGUGUGGUUAGCUUUAUCUAGAGCUGCUGCCAGAACCUGCAGCGGGCAGUUCUUCCAAGAUCGUAAGCCUGUUCCUGCCCACCUGCCUCUGGCUUGGACUCACAGUUCUACAGCAGAGAUUCAGCGCUUCAUGACUCAGCUGGAGAUUCUGGCCAGAGCUGUUCAGUCACAACCUGAUGCAGAGUUUAAGGAUCCCCUGGGCCCUUCCACACCUCAAUUUGUCUAAAUUCUGAUGUUAUACUAUACGGAACAUCACAGACCCAUUACAGUAUUGGUAACAAUAGAUCUAGUACUGGAAAAUGUGAUGUUUUAUUUUAGCCUAUGUAACUCCUAACUCUACUCAGAGAUGGCUUUGAGGACAUUGUUUCGUUCAGUGGGCCCUAAUCUGAUCUAAUACGUUACACUAUCUAGUCUGUAUAAAAUGAGCCUUUUCUUAUGACAAUGACAAAAAUAGGUUUUGUGAUUUUUGUCUGAUUUGCUUCUCACACACGACAGUGCCUACAUUUAAGAUGUGCAGUAGAUAUUGUGCUCUUUGGUCAAAUUGUCAAGCUCCACAAUGGCUUGAAUACUUUUCUAGGUGUGAAAGCAGGUGACAGGGCUGUGAGUUCUUUGAGAGAAUUCAUUCAUAAUUUUAGACUCUACCAGCACCAGGACAAAAUGUUAGGUUUUUAUAUCGACAUAUUAAAGACAAUUGUAGAAGAUGAGCACAGAAUCUGUGUGAAAAUCGGAGCAUUAAUAUUCAUUUUGUUUAAGAAUCCACAUUUUGCUGUUCAAUUUUAUUAUUUUUAUACAGUAUUGAACCAAAAAAAAAAAUAUACGGUGCAUUCACAUUUUUCCCCAAGGGAUUUGUUGCAAGUUUGAUCUCUACAAGGGUAAAACAGUGAAGAGCUGUUAAAUCUUAGGGAUCAGGAAGACUGGACCUGAUUUGAAAGUCAUCUAGAAGAUCUGAUGGAUUUUCUUCUGUGCCAACAUCCCAUUUAUGUGUUUACUGAUUCAUAAUGAAUCAGGUUCCCAGCAUGUCGUUUCAAGACGCUUCCAGGCCAUGCGUAACAACAGUCCAAAGACCACAAACAAAUCCUAUCCCCUCCCCCCCCCCCCCC